GUGCUUCAUAAUGAAUUCUAGAAUGAUAUCCCGGCGGGAACCGCCAUAAGCCACGAAUGCAUACAUGAUAGAACAUGAAAUAAGAUGCUUUUUUAAUGUGUUGGUGAUGGCGCUUACAAAUGCUGGUGUCAGGCAUCUCACUUUUUCGUGUGGGUUUUCGCAGCCUUCCCGGUGCCUGCUGUUGCCUGCAAACAAUCUUGGAAAGCACGAGCCACUAAGGGUCACGUGCUUCGCCAGCCAACUCACCGCUGCCGUACAAAAACAUUCGCCUUUCGCCUUUGCUUGCUGCCCCACGACCAUCGCAAAUCCUCCUACCCCUCACUUACCUCCACCAAACCUCCAUAACGGUACGCUUGCAAUCCUCUGCGCUAGGAGCAUCAAUCUUCUGUCGCUCGUAUUCCUCAAAUCUAACGGCAUCUCAGAUUUUGCGCCUUCACAACAACAUCCCCAGCCCCACCAAAACACAUCCCAACCAUGGCCGAAGGAGCAUCUUCCGUCCCCACCUUCAAGCUUGUGCUUGUUGGUGAUGGUGGAACUGGAAAGACCACCUUCGUCAAGCGCCAUCUUACCGGCGAGUUCGAGAAGAAGUACAUUGCCACGCUCGGUGUAGAGGUUCACCCUCUCGGCUUCACCACCAACCUCGGACAGAUCCAAUUCGACGUCUGGGAUACGGCUGGUCAGGAGAAGUUCGGCGGUCUUCGUGAUGGAUACUACAUCAACGGCCAGUGCGGUAUCAUCAUGUUCGAUGUCACUUCCCGUAUCACCUACAAGAACGUCCCCAACUGGCACCGUGACUUGGUCCGUGUCUGCGAGAACAUCCCCAUCGUCCUUACUGGCAACAAAGUCGAUGUCAAGGAGCGCAAGGUGAAGGCCAAGGCCAUCACUUUCCACCGCAAGAAGAACCUUCAGUACUACGACAUCUCCGCCAAGUCAAACUACAACUUCGAGAAGCCUUUCCUCUGGCUCGCUAGGAAACUCGUCGGUAACGCUACUCUGGAAUUCGUCGCUGCCCCCGCUCUGGCUCCUCCCGAGGUCCAGGUCGACCAGGAGGUCCUCCAGAAGUACCAGGACGAAAUGGCUGCUGCCGCCCAGAUGCCGCUUCCCGACGAGGAGGAUGCCGAUUUGUAA